CCCAAGACUAUACAGUCGAUUGGUCAUUCGGCGUCAAUCGCUUUACCAGCAAUACAUAGACUAUCUUGAAUAUAGCAAGCCUGUAUUUAGCGGUAUGUUAAAACUGUUGCUCUCACAUGAAGAGAACCUACCAGUAUUGAUACACUGUGUGUAUGGUAAGGACAGGACUGGAGUCCUAGUGGCUCUUAUACUGGACUGCAUUGGAGUAGAGAGCGAGACCAUUGCUAUGGACUAUGCUUCCUCUGAAGAUGGAUUGGUGUCAAUGAGGAAUGAGAUGUAUGAUGAUCUCAUUGUCCAUUGGGGUAUGGCAGAGCACAGUUGCCGGGCUAAGGCUGACACAAUGCUUAAAGUACUUAAUGAAAUAGACAAAAGAUAUGGUAGUACCAGUCAGUAUCUGAAAUCAAUUGGGUUUACUCUUGAAGAUCAAGAAUCAUUGAAAUCAAUUCUUCUUCAUUAG